GUUCCUCCCCCUCUCCCCCACACAGGAAGUUGCAUCAGCAGUUUGAGAUGUACAAGGACCAGGUGAAGAAGCUGGGGGAGGAACCUCCAGCAGCUCAGACAGCGAGGGCGGAGUCUCCCACCUGCGGCGUCUGUCGAAAGACCAAGUUUGCUAACGGCUGUGGCCACGCCUGCUGCUACUGUCAGAGCCGCUUCUGUGCCCGCUGUGGGGGCCGCGUCCCCCUGAGGGCCAGUAAGGUGAUGUGGGUUUGUAACGUGUGCAGGAAGAAGCAGGAGAUCCUCACACGGUCGGGGGAGUUUCACUCCAACAUGUCGCUGCUAUCCAUCGGCCACAGCUCACACGGGGUUCCAUACACACCGACACAGGGGCCGCCAGGGGCCACGGGGCUGCUGAGCAACGGAGCCACUGAGCGGAAGCCGAGCCCCUUGGGGUCGUAUUAUGAUGGUGGGGAGGGCAGGAUGCCUCGCUCGCCCUCUGAUCACGGUCUGGUCCGCCGCACUCGCUCGCCGCACGGCUGCCAUGGUAAUGGGGAGGAGGAGCUGCGGGUCCGAAGGCAACCAAUCAGAGAUGGGCGUGGCCGCUGGCACUCACAGGACCAUCCUCUGGACCUGGUUCAGGAUGAGCGCGAGCGGCGGCGACGGGAGGAGGAGGAGGAGUUUCAAGCUCGUUACCGUAGCGACCCCAACCUGGCUCGUUACCCAGUGAAGCCGCAGCCGAGUGAGGAGGCCAUGAGGAUGUUAGCUCAGGUCGGCAGGGUCCGCCACCAACGGCGUCACAGUGACGCUUCCCUGGAAACCGCCGAGCCCGGCCAUCCGGCCCUGAGACAUACAGCGCUUCGUCAGAAUCGGCUUCAGGGAUUGGUCGGAGGUCAGAGGUCGUUCUCUGUGGACCGGACAGUCAAUCACGUCAGUCCCACAUCUCCCCGCCGCAGCCCCUUACCUCGGCAGCACCUCGACCCUAGCUCUGCCCUCAAGAGGAAGACGACCAAUGAGAGAGGGUGGAGAAUGGGGAAGAUGCAUGUGAUUGGUAGCUUCAGCAGCUCAGAGGAGGAUCUGGCAAUCACGCCCGACUACAACAGCUGUGACGAGCCUGACAGAGACAUGGACAGCCAGUGGUGGGAUCAUGGUUCCUGGCACGGCGAGCCUGCACCCAUGUCUAUGCAUCCGGUCACCUGGCAACCGUCCAAAGAUGGGGAGCGUCUCAUCGGUCGGAUUCUGCUGAAUAAGAGGAUGAAGGAUGGAACGGUUCCCGCGGAUACAGGAGCACUGCUGGGACUGAAGGUGGUCGGGGGGAAGAUGACGGACUCAGGUCGUCUCUGUGCGUUCAUCACUAAGGUGAAGAGAGGAAGUCUGGCUGACACUGUGGGACACCUGAGGCCAGGUGAUCAGGUUCUAGAGUGGAACGGUCGGGUUCUUCAGGGAGCCACGUUUAAUGAAGUUUACAACAUUAUCCUGGAGUCCAAACCAGAACCGCAGGUGGAGCUGGUGGUGUCCCGCCCACUCGGAGAUGUUUCCAGAACAACAGACGGCUCCCACGUCCAGUUGGACUCCAGUUCCAGUUCCUUUGACUCUCAGAAAGUUGGUCCGUCCAUCUCUGUCACGUCUCCCAUGAGCCCCAGCGUUCUCUCCGGACAGGUGUCUACCGGAAACAGGCGUCCUCUGGUUCCAAGAAUUCAGGUGAAGCUGUGGUACGAUAAAGUCGGUCAUCAGCUGAUUGUCACAGUUCUCGGAGCCAAAGAACUUCCUGUCCGAGACGACGGGCGACCGAGGAACCCUUACGUUAAGAUCUACUUCCUGCCGGACAGAAGUGAUAAGAGUAAGCGCAGAACAAAGACGGUGAAGAAAUCAGUGGAACCUCGGUGGAACCAGACCUUCAUGUACUCUCCGGUCCACCGGCGGGAGUUCAGAGAACGGAUGUUGGAGUUGACGGUUUGGGAUCAGGCACGAGUCAGAGAGGAGGAGAGCCAGUUCCUGGGAGAGGUCCUCAUAGAGCUGGAGUCGGCUCUGCUAGACGAUCAGCCUCACUGGUACAAACUGCAGCUCCAUGACGUUUCCUCGGUGCCGCUUCCCAAUGCCUCCCCCUACCUGCAGAGGAGAGGACUGCAGCCUGAGGACACCCCGCCCAGCAGGAGGCUGCAGAACAAAGGUCCGUACUAUAACUCAGGGUCUCAGAGGAUCAGUGACAGUGAGUUCUCAGACUAUGACUGUGAAGACGGAAUCGGGGUGAUAUCAGAUUACAGACAGAAUGGGCGGGAUUUUCACAGCUCCACCCUCUCAGUGCCAGAGCAAGUCAUGUCGUCCAAUCACUGCUCUCGAUCAGAUGUGGUCAGGAUGAGGUCACGGUCGCCGAGCCAACCGCCUCCUCACAGCAUUACCCCUCUGUACCCGUUGUACCGCGAAGAUGCCGUGCGGCUGCUGCGAGGCUCCAAACUAAGCCGAGCAUACUCUGACGCCAGCCAGUACAGCAGCCUAGAAAGGAGACCAAUGAGGAGAAUGUCAGUUGCCACCUCUCUGGAUUCCCAUGACAGAUAUUUUAAUGGUCCGACACAAACUGGACCAACGUGGACGAACCACGUGAUGAAUGGGAGCUGUGAGGACUACAGUCAGGACGUCAUUCCCGAUUUCCCCUAUGAAGCGGACGCUUAUGAUGACGAACUGCUGAGGGCGAACCCACGAGGCGGAUCCGCCCAGACGAGUCCAACGGGAACACCAGUCUGCAGCCGCCGAGGACGCCAGCUGCCCAUCAUCCCGCCCAAAGGAGCACCGGAGAGAAUUUUGGCCACACUCACCACAGGACCACCGAUUACAGCUGCAGCCCCUCCCACUCCGCAUCAACAGGCCCCACCCCCUGUUCACAAACAAACCCCACCCCCUGUUCACAAACAAACCCCUCCCCCUGGCAAUCAUCAGCCACCUCCUCUUAUACGAAUCCAAGCCCCACCUCCUCCUGGAACCACUCAACCCCAGCCAGCACCUGCCCCUGCCCCGGCCCCUGCACAGGCUCCUGCCCCUGCACAGACUCCUGCCCCUGCACCAACUCCUGCCCCUGCACCAACUCCUGCCCCUGCACCAGCUCUUGCUCCUGCCCCUGCCCCUGCCCCGGUCCCUGCCCGGGCUCCUGCCCCUGCCCCUGUACCGACUCCUGCACAGACUCCUGCCCCUGCACUAGCUCUUGCCCCUGCCCCUGCCCCUGCCCCUGCCCCUGCUCCUGCCCCUGCACCGACUCCUGCCCCUGCUCCUGCACCAGCUCUUGCCCCUGCACCUGCCCCUGCCCCUUCUGUAGUCCAAUCAGUGCCACCUCCUGGACCUGCUCUUCCCACUCCACCUGCCCCAACACCGACCCCUAUACCCUCACCUGCCCCCUCACCUGUCCCGCCCCCACUGACUCCAGACCCAGACAGACGCUCAGCCACACCUGGAGGGACUAGAAAAGAGGUCACAUGGGAAGACCAGCAAACCAAAACAGCCAAUGGUGUAAUGAAGGAUCUGUCAAAGAUGAGGGACAGUCUGUCCUUUAAGUCAUCAGACAGUGAUGUCAGCGACGUGUCGGCCAUGUCCAGCGACACUCGAUCUGUCCCCAAGAUCAGUCAGGCGGAGGCUCUGGAGGGCCAAUCAGUGGAGUCAGGGGCGGGGUCAGAGGGAACACAGGAAGCAGGGGGGGCAGCAGAGGGCGGAGCUACACUGCAGAAGUGUGAAUCAAUGGAGGAAGCAGAGGAGGAGCCUGAGCCUGCAAAGCCGGCACCCGGAGCUCCGCUCCAGAAGUCAUCGAGCGUUGGUGGAGAGAUUUGUUCGCUCGGGAGAAAUGACGACGAUGACGACGACAAGAAGCGGCGCUCAAGUUUCGGAGCAAAGAUGAUGGGAAUGGUGGGACUGGGGAAGAAGAGUCAGAGCGCCUCCCAGCUCAACCCCGAGGAGGAAGAGAAGAAGAAGAAGGUGGUGAGACUUCCUGUCCAGAGGAGUGUAGAGACAGGAUUGGCCAUCGAGUUUAAAUCUCGUUUCACCCGACAGCCAAGCCGUGACCCCGACGCUGAGGACCCUAAACCUGGAGCUCUGAUAUUUCCCGGAGUAAAGUUGGCGUCAGACAAACAGUUCACUGGCUUCCUGGAGGGAUUAGGCCCCGCCCAGCUGGCUGGACGGCAGACUCUGGCCACGCCUCCUAUGGGUGACAUCCAGAUCGGGAUGGUGUACAGGAAGGAGCGUCUGGACGUGGAGGUGAUCCGAGCUCGGGGACUUGUGGGUAAACAAGGCAACAAAAACACUCCAGCUCCCUAUGUGAAGGUGUACCUGAUGGAUAACGGGAAGUGUGUGUUGAAGAGAAGAACUCGUCUGGCCAGAAAAACACUCGACCCUCUUUAUCAGCAGCAGCUGCAGUUUGAAGAAAACCCUGAAGGCAAAGUUCUGCAGAUCAUCGUUUGGGGCGACUACGGUCGGAUGGAUCAUAAAUCUUUUAUGGGAGCUGCUCAGAUCUUAUUGGACGAUCUCGACCUGUCCAACAUGGUGAUUGGCUGGUUCAAACUGUUUCCUGCCACCUCAUUGGUGGAUGCCGCCUUGGCACCGCUGACCAACAAGGAGACUGAGGGCUCCAAGUCAUAAUGUCCGGGACCAACUGUAUCGCCAUAGCAACAGGUCAGGAGGGGGCAGGAGGGGGACACGCUGUCACCGGGCGGAGCCUUUAAAAAAAUAAAAUUAAAAAAAAGUUCCAUAAUCCUCCUCUGCCGCUGCAUGCUGCAUGAUGACAUCACAGCGAUGACGUAACAGCGUCACAAUGAUGUCACCGGGAGGAGGAAGGAGACUCCGCGCCCCCGACUCUGAAAAAGGGAAAUGCCGCCG